GGAAGAAGUGAAAGAGCAACUAGAAAAGAAAAAGAAAGGGUCCAGGGCUUUGGCUGAGUUUGAAGAAAAGAUGAAUGAGAAUUGGAGGAAAGAACUGGAAAAACACAGGGAGAAAUUACUGGGGGGAAAUGAGAGUUCCUCCAAAAAGAAAGAGAAAAAGAAAAAGGAAAAGAAGAAAUCUAAUAGGUUGUCUUCAUCUUCCUCUUCUUCAUCAAGCUCUGAUUCUUCCAGCAGUUCAUCUGAUUCAGAAGAUGAGGAUAAGAAGCAAGGGAAGAAAAGAAGGAAAAAGAAGUAUCGCUCCUCACGGAAGUCUUCAGCAAGUUCAACUUCGGAAUCUGAGUCAGACAGCAAGGAUAGCACAAAAAAGAAGAGGUCAAAGGAAGACUGUGAAAAAGAGAAGGAAGGUAAAAAUCACCACCGGAAAAGGAAGAAAGCUGAUCGUGGCGAUGGACCUUUAUCAUCAGAAUCUGUAUCUGAGUCGGAUCAGACGGAGGAGGUGCAAGCGAAAAGGAAGAAAACCAAUGAGGACAAAGAGAAAACAGCAAGUAUCCCUCUUACUCAUACUGUAGUUUUAGGAUAUAAAUACUCUGUGCUUGGUUAA